GCUGAUGUGUUUCCGAUCUCAGUGCAAGAUGGCGCGGCUUGUUGUUAGACGCGUUUAUUGAUCACAGAACAGAAGGAAUAUUUCAGAUAUAUUUCAGAUCGAUUAGUGAUCGAGGUGAAACUCUGCAGUCAUGGGGCGACGCUCCACCUCCUCCACCAAGAGUGGGAAGUUCAUGAACCCCACCGAUCAGGCCAGGAAGGAGGCGCGCAAGAGAGAGCUGAAGAAGAACAAGAAGCAGAGGAUGAUGGUCCGAGCUGCUGUGCUGAAGAUGAAAGACCCUCGACAGAUCAUCAGAGACAUGGAGAAACUCGAUGAGAUGGAAUUUAACCCGGUCCAGCAGCCUCUUCUGAAUGAGAAAGUUCUGCGUGAUAAACGGAAGAAGCUUCGAGAGACCUUUGAGCGGAUCGUCCGUCUGUAUGAGCGAGAGAACCCAGAGACCUACAAAGAGUUACGCAAGCUGGAGGUGGACUACGAGACCAAACGCGGCCAACUGUCGCUCUACUUUGACUCAGUGAAGAAUGCCGAGUCCGUGGAGGUGGACAGUAUUCCUCUUCCAGACAUGCCUCACGCUCCAUCCAGCAUUCUGAUCCAAGACAUCCCACUGCCUGGUGCUCAACCCCCGUCAAUCCUGAAGAAGAGCUCUGCGCUCGGAAAGGGGACGGCGGUCUCUUCAGCUGCACUGGCCGGAGUCCCUCGUCUGCCGCCCGGACGGAAGCCACCCGGACCCCCGCCAGGGCCUCCCCCUCCACAGAUACUGCAGCUGUAUGGAAACACACGACGAACAGAUGCUGGUGGCGGAUCAGACACUGAGUUGAUGGACAUCGGAGGGCGAGACACUGACAGCGAGAGUGACGGUGACAGCGACUCAGAGGACGACAGUGAGAGAGACGAGACAGACGAUCGUCAUAAUGACAGAGAGGUGGAGAGAGACCGAAGCGAGAAACACACAGGUCGCAGUGUGCGCUUUGCUGAUAUGCCUUCACCCAGAGAGAGCGGAAAGAAGAAGGCGGUGAAGAAAACAACCAACAUCACACCACUGCAGGCUAUGAUGCUCAGGAUGGCAGGUCAGUCUGUCCCAGAGGAAGAAGGCGGCGAGGAUGAUGAAGAUGAGGAAGAUGAAGAGGAGUACACAGACUCAAAGCUGUCAGACAAUGAGGAUGGUGAAGCUGUUCACUCAUUGGCUAACCACAGACUUCCUGUUUCAUCUGCUCCAAUGGCAGCUCAGCAGCCCCCCCCACACAUGCAAGCUCCACCAAUCACAGGGCCUCCGCCUUUAGGACCGCCUCCCGCACCUCCAAUGAGGCCUCCAUCCGGCCCGCCCCCAGGACCGCCUCCUGGUGCGCCUCCGUUCCUGAGACCUCCCGGACUCCCCGCUGCGCUCAGAGGGCCCAUUCCACGCAUGCUGCCCCCGGGACCGCCGCCGGGACGACCUCCGGGACCUCCUCCGGGACCACCGCCUGGUCUGCCUCCUGGACCGCCCCCUAGAGGACCCCCACCUCGCCUGCCCCCUCCCGCUCCUCCAGGAAUGCCUCCACCACCCCCUCCCCUUCGCGCCGGACCCCCCCGCAUGGCCCCGCCCCUUUCCCUCUUCCCCCCUCCGCUCAACCCCAACGUGCUCAGCGCCCCUCCCAACAUCCUUCCGCGUCAGAAGCCCCCGGCGGCGUCAUCCGGCGAGAGCUCUCACAGCGCAUCCGUGCUGACGCGGCCCUCCGCCCUGCAGAUGCCCCCGCCCCCGGGCACCACCUCCAACCUGCUCGCCCCGACCAUCGAGAAACGGGCCAACAUCUCCGGUCCCUCGGCGGCCCAGCCAGGCGGCGCCACCAUCUCGGCAAAGCCCCAGAUCAUAAACCCCAAGACGGAGGUGACGCGCUUCGUGCCCACGGCGCUCCGCGUGCGCAGAGAUCGAGCCGGGCCGGAGAAAGCUGGGGGCAGGAGAGAGGACGAGAGAGAGCCACCCAGACAGCAAGCGUCAGCACACCCCUUCCAGAUGUCCAGCGUGGCCCCGCCCAGCAUGAAGACCAAGGACCAGAUGUACGAGGCCUUCAUGAGAGAGAUGGAGGGUCUGCUGUGAAACGUGUACUGUGACAGUGUUUUUAUUUUCUUUAGCAGCAUUGUUGGUUAUUGUCAGACAAGACUGUGUUUCAUCUUCAAACGUCAAUAAACUUCAACAGAUGUCAA